GCAUGGCCUCUUAUACCAUAAUGGUCAAGUUUGUGGAGUAGGAUGCCGUGGUCUACUGUGUCAAAAGCUUUUCUUAGGUCAAUAAAAAUUCCUAGUGGAUAUUCCUUAUUUUCCAAUGCUGUGUAAAGCAGAUCUAGCAUUUUUAUAAUUGCAUCGUUAGUGCUUUUAUUUUUCCUGAAUCCAAAUUGGCAGGGGUUGAGUAUGUUUUGUGACAUUAUAAAUGAAUAUAGUCUCCUGUGCACGAGUUUCUCAAAGAUUUUGGAUAGCAAUGAAAACCACAAGUUUGAAGUACCACAGCGUGCUGUGUUUACCCCUGAGGAUGUGAAGAAAUGGGAACAAUCAAAUGCUUACCAGGAUAUAAUAGGUUUCCUGACUGCUAUGAAUACAGCAGUGAAAGGCAAGAAGCUGAGUGUUGAAUGUGCUGUUAGCCCAGUCACAGUAGGACUGCUCAACAUGCUAGAUACAAUUAGUCAUUGGAUAGAUGACAUACCACCAGUUGAUCAACCUCAGCGUUAUGGCAAUACUGCAUUUCGUGACUUCUAUGCCAAACUCAAAGAGAAUGGUGAGCAAGUUUGGAAAGAGGCAUUGCAGAGGACUUUCAUGCAGUGUCCCCCGAAAAAAACAGUCACACUUGAAAUAAUUUCACCAGAAAUGUUUAGUAAUGAGAAGAUCGUCAAUGAAAAUGCAGAUGAAUAUAUGUUUUUAGCUUGCAUUAAAUUUAUAUUAUCGGUGAAAACAGGACCAUUUGCUGAACAUUCUAACCAAUUGUGGAAUAUCAGUGGUGUCCAGUCAUGGAGUAAGAUUAACCAAGGCUUGAUAAAAAUGUAUAAAGCUGAGGUUCUUCACAAAUUUCCUGUUGUUCAGCACAUGCUGUUUGGGAGCAUCUUAUCAAUAUCUCCUGCAAAAGAGAUUACAUAUCACCCUCCAGGGACAGAGAUAUCAAGUAUGAGAAAUCCUUCAAUGUCUAGUGCAACUGGUGGACAGGGAUUUAUGCCUCCACGUGCGAGUGCUGUGGCUUCACAAGGACGAGUAUCAAUGACAGAUCGGAUGCCUGUACAUAUAAGCCAAAUGAGUAAGAUGCCUCAAGAUUUGCCUUUUAAUGACAUCUCAUCUGUUAUGCCUCCAGUUAGUAAAACACCUCAAGGAUUAUCAACAGUGGAUAAAGUAAGCUCUAACAUGCUCACUACCAGUAAAACAAGUUUACCUUGUGCAGAAGAAAGACAUCCAGCAAUGUCACCACUAAAUUCUUUACCUCCUGACAUAUUUCCAAAGGCCACAAAACACACACAGUAGAGGCCACAUGAACACUGGAAAUGUGUGCACUUCUGUAUAGUAGUAGUUGCCAAAUCAGAAUUGAAAAUACGUACUCCAUAAUCAUAAUUUCCCAAGUAUACAGUACACUUAAAAUUUCUUGAUAUACUGUACACGAUAAAAGUGAGAAGUACUUGCUGUUUUUGAUCAAGAUUAAAGUACCGAAUAUAAAUUUUGUGAAAGAGUGAGACACUAUAAUUUACUAUAAUACAUACAAUUAAAUUCAGUUCUGUGUAAAGUAACAAAUUAUGUUGGUCCCUAUUGUCCAAACUUAGGACAGUGCUCCUUAGGAGAGGUUCUUUGAUGCCAGUGAGAAGCUCUUGGUCCAAGGAAUUGUAUCUGACCUCCCUGUCCCUGCAUUGAACCUGAUUACCUCCCAUUCCCUGGUAAUACGGCCUAAGCCUAGAGUCCCAGUUCAUUCAUUUGAUAAUUGUUCAUUAGAACUUGUCUGGGGAUUACUGUAUGUUUAGGUUGAUACAAGUCAGUAGGCAUGUAAAUCAACUGAAAGAAAGUGGAAAUGCAUCACCCUCACUACUUUUAGUAGGGGGUCCUGAAAAAUAAUCUUGGCACUGGCCCUUUUGCUUCUAAUUCUGCCAAAAAUCAUCCCAUUAAAAUAGUAGAUACAAAAUACGUUAGGAUGAGCAAUAAAAAACGAUAAAUCCUGUUAUAUUUAAGUGUUUACAAAAUAUGCAUAUGGGUAUAAUCUGUCAGGGAUAGGAAGCACAUAACUGGUUUUUCAAAGUUCCCACUACUUGAGGUUAGUUUAUGCCCAUGUGGUCACUCAUCCAGUUUCUGGCCAGAUCCAAUGGUCUAACAGUGACACACAUUCACAACUAUUUAUUAGCAAAAAUGGACAUAAGAAAUAAAUCUUUUCCCUAAAAAUGGCUAGUUGAUUGUAAUUUGUAAUAACAUUGAACUUAUUCAAUAAAUAUUGAUGCAGAAGA